AUGCCGGCCGGCCGUGCCGCGUGCACCUGUGCCCUGCUCGCCCUCUGCCUCCUGGGCGGCGCGGCCCAAGACUUCGGACCGACCCGCUUCAUCUGCACCUCGGUGCCCGUGGACGCCGACAUGUGCGCCGCGUCCGUGGCCGCCGGCGGCUCCGAAGAGCUCCGGAGCAGCGUCCUGCAGCUCCGCGAGACCGUGCUGCGGCAGAAGGAGACCAUCGUGAGCCAGAAGGAGACCAUCCGCGAGCUGACCACCAAGCUGGGCCGCUGCGAGAGCCAGAGCACGCUGGACGCGGGCGCAGGCGAGGCCAAGGCGGCGGGCGGCCGCAAGCAGCCCGGCUCCGGCAAGAACACCAUGGGCGACCUGUCCCGGACGCCGGCCGCCGAGACGCUCAGCCAACUCGGGCAAACUUUACAGUCGCUCAAAACCCGCCUGGAGAACCUCGAGCAGUACAGCCGCCUCAAUUCCUCCAGCCAGGCCAACAGCCUCCGGGAUCUGCUGCAAAGCCAGAUGGAGGACCUGGAGCGCCAAGUGCUGUCGCGGGUGAACGCCCUGGAGGAGGGCAAGGGGGCGCCGAAGAACGAGACCGAGGAACGAGUUAAGAUCGAGAGCGCCCUGACCUCCCUGCACCAGCGCAUCAGCGAGCUGGAAAAAGGCCAGAAGGACAAUCGGCCCGGGGACAAGUUCCAGCUGACGUUCCCACUGCGGACCAACUACAUGUACGCCAAGGUGAAGCAGAGCCUGCCGGAGAUGUACGCCUUCACCGUGUGCAUGUGGCUCAAGUCCAGCGCCGCCCCAGGCGUGGGCACGCCCUUCUCCUACGCCGUGCCCGGCCAGGCCAACGAGCUUGUCCUCAUCGAGUGGGGCAACAACCCCAUGGAGAUCCUCAUCAACGACAAGGUGGCGAAGCUGCCCUUCGUGGUCAAUGACGGCAAGUGGCACCACAUCUGCAUCACGUGGACAACGCGGGACGGGGUGUGGGAGGCCUACCAGGAUGGCACCCAGGGCGGCAGCGGCGAGAACCUGGCACCCUACCACCCCAUCAAGCCGCAGGGCGUGCUGGUGCUGGGCCAGGAGCAGGACACUCUGGGUGGCGGGUUUGAUGCCACCCAGGCGUUUGUGGGCGAGCUGGCCCACUUCAACAUCUGGGACCGCAAGCUGACCCCGGGCGAGGUGUACAACCUGGCCACUUGCAGCACCAAAGCCGUGUCGGGCAACGUGAUCGCCUGGGCCGAGUCCCACAUCGACAUAUACGGCGGAGCCACGAAGUGGACAUUCGAGGCCUGUCGCCAGAUCAACUGA